UCGUGAAUGACCAAGCGUGGUGGUAACAGAAUGUUGACCGGUUCUUGGAGCAAAAAAAAAAAAUAAUAUAUUUAUAUAAAUUGGAGGGGAAUUCUAUUAUUUAACUUGGGUGAAAGUUUUUGAAUGAUUCCAGUAUUUUUUAUUACAAAUAUUACAAUAAAGCUGUGUAAAAAUUGUGCAAAUUGUGUACAAAUUUAGUAGAAAUGUUAAACAAUUUUUCUACGGUGUUUGUGCAUUAAUGACACAUCAUAUAGCUUAUAUUAAAAUAUACAAUUUCUAUAGACAUAAAAAAAUUUCGCUGGUUUCUACGCCUUUGGUUAAUCGAAAUUGCGCAAACUCCACGUAUAAUUUGAGUGUAAAAAAAAUAAAGAUAGCAAGCCAACGUGCAUGAGGAUAAAUUUUUAAAAAAAAAUAUAAAAAAAUAAAUAAAUCAGACUGCUGUUGAAUUUAGUCGAGCCUUCUAAAACAUCAAAGAGAUUAAUAGUUAAUAAAAUAAUACACAAAUGUAUCGAAAUAUGAUAACUCUUGUACGUGGAGUACAACGUGUGGGAACAGUAUUUAAACAUAGCUCAAAUAUAAUAAGAAUAUCAUCAUUUAAUAAAAUUUCAACUGCUUCAAAGGCACAAAUAAUUGAUGGUAAUAAUGGUGAAAGAAUUUAUACAUCACCAUAUGGAGACAUUGAUUUACCAUCAUUAACAGUACAAGAUUAUGUUUGGAAAAAUAUGAACAAGUGGCCAGAACGUAUAGCUGUGGAAUGUGGUAUUACUGGAAGAAAAUAUACAUAUGCACAAGCACGUGAUAAAGCAAAUUGCAUUGCAAAAAGUUUGAAGAACAUGGGACUUCAAGAUGGUGAUGUUGUUGCAAUAAUUUUACCAAAUUUACCAGAGAGUCCAAUAUCAUUUCUUGGUAUAUUAGAAGCUGGUCUUGUUGUUACAACAGUCAAUCCAAUGUACACAAUUGAUGAAAUAUCAAGACAAUUGAAAUUUUCAAAAGCAAAAGCACUUAUUACAUGUGGUACAAUUGCUCCAAAUGCUGUUGCUGCUGGACGAGCUGUGUUACCACCAAAUGCACCGAUAAUUGUUGUACAAGAUACAAAAAAUUCAAGUGUACCUGAUGGAACAAUUUCUUUCAAGGAUCUCAUCGAAAAAGGUUCUAGCUUGCCACCAAUUAAAGAAGUAUUUCGUUCACCAGAUGAACUUGCAAUAUUACCAUUUUCAUCUGGAACAACUGGUAUGCCAAAAGGUGUGCAGCUAACACAUCGUAAUCUUGUUUCAACAAUUGUUAUGACUGACAAUAGUUCAACACUCAUGAACACUGGAUAUCAAGAUAUAAUUAUAGCAUCAAUUGGAUUUUUUCAUAUUUAUGGAGCAGUUGGACUUAUGCUACCAAGACUUUCUGAUGGAGCAAAAUUAGUAACACUACCAUUUUUUACACCUGACUCAUUUGUCAAUGCUCUAGCAAAUAAUGAGUGUACUUUGAUGUAUUGUGUACCAUCAAUGAUAUUAUUUUUUGGAGCAUCACCACUAGUAAAAGCUGAAUAUUUUAAAUCUGUGCGAUCAGUAUUUAGUGGUGCAGCACCACUUGCUGAAACUGAUGUACUUAGAAUGUAUGAAAAAUUUGGUAUAACAAGUAAAGAUCUACAAAUUGCACAAGGCUAUGGAUUAACUGAAUGUUCAUGUGUUGCAUUUUUGGAAUUAUCAAAUCGUAAAUUUUCUAGUAUUGGUCGUCCAAUAAUUAAGUGUGAAGUGAGAUUAGUUGAUCCAAAAUCAGGUAAUGACAUUGCAAAUACAGGUGAAACUGGUGAAAUUUGGCUGAGAGGACCAAAUAUUAUGAAAGGAUAUUUAGAUAAUGAAGAAGAAACAAAAAAAACACUUCAAAAUGGAUGGUUAAAAACUGGUGAUAUUGCAUACUUUGAUGAUGAUCUUGAUUUUUAUAUAACAGAUAGAUUAAAAGAACUCAUUAAAGUCAAAGGAUUUCAAGUACCACCUGCUGAAUUGGAAGCAGUAUUGAGAACACAUCCAGAUAUUGCUGAUGCUGCUGUUAUUGGUGUUCCUGAUGCAAGAUGUGGUGAGGUACCACGAGCAUUUGUUGUUUUAAAAGAUAAACAUAGUGCCACUGAAGAAAAUAUACAGAAUUAUAUGAAAGGAAAAGUAUCAGAAUUUAAAGAACUCAAAGGUGGUGUAAGAUUUAUCAAUCAAAUUCCAAGAAAUGCUACUGGUAAAAUAUUAAGAAUAAGUUUAAAAGAUCAUAAUUAAUAUCAGGGUAAUUUAAUUCUCUUUUUUUUUUUUUUCUUAUUUUAUAAACAAUUGAGCAAAAAAAAAAAAAUUAUAAUAUAAGAUAAAGUAACUUUUUCAUUAGAAUAAAAUUAAGCCAAUUUUAUAAAAACACUUGUGCCUUUUAAAAUCAUUUAAUAUCUAGAAAUUCUCUAGCUAUUUUGUUAUCAAUAUAUUGUAAAUCGAAAAAAAAAAAAAAAAAUACUUUUAUUUGAUGUUAAAUAUUGUAUAAUAAUUUGUAAAGAAAAAGAAAUUAUUCACAAACAAAAAAUAAUAUAUAUUAAAUGUUCUAAAUUAUAUUAAUUGUUUAAUUUUGAAUUGAAAAUUUUUUUUAUUGACAAAUAGAAACAAAAAACUAAAAUUAAUACGAUUAAAAUAUUUUCAUUUGUUUAUUUUUUUACCAAACGUGAAACAAUAAUAAAUUAAUUAAAAAAAUUUAACAAAUCAUCUAAUUUAUUGCCUCAACUUUUAUUUAUAAUAAUCAAUUAAUUUAUUUUAUUUUUUUCAAAUAGGAAGACAAUAAAAAUCAACAAUAAUUUAUAAAAAUUGUGGUUUUUUAAAUUUUAUAAAGAUUAUUUUUUUAUUUAAACAUCAACAUGAUAAAAUAACAUCUUAAAAAUUUAUCAAUUAAUUUUUUAGCUAUAUUAUUUUUGAUUAUUAAAUAUUGCUUGUAAUAAAAUAUAGAAAUUUAUAUUUUAAAACAGCAUAUUUUAUAUUUUUAUAUAACAAUAUUAAUAAUAUUUUAACUAUUAUAAAAUGUAAUUCUUUCUUGUGCUUUUACUCGUUGUAUAUAUUUUAUAAAAUUUCAUUAAAAUGUAUACAAAAGAGUGUAUAAUAAUAACAUUGUAUAUAAACUACGUAAUUGACAUGUGGUAGAUAUUAUCAUCAAAAUUGAUAUCAGCCUGCUGAUCAAUAAACAUAUUUAUUUUUCUAUCAAAAAAUACGUUACGGUAUUUUUGAGGUACCUGAGUUUAACGUAAAUUUUCAACUCUAAUUUAUCUACUCAAAGAACAAAACAAAAAAACAAAAUAAAUCUUAUUGCUAUUAUAAAAAAUUCUCUUCAAGUAGAUAAAAUAGUCAAAUGAUUGA